AUGCAUGCUCUGCACAAACUUCUGCUCUUUCACCUUCUGACAAGUCUCGGACGAGAUGCACUUGGAGGUAAAGUCAUAAAUGGAAAAAAAGCCCAGGAGAACUCGAUGCAGUACAUGGUGUCGCUGCAGAACAGCAGAGGUGAACAUGAAUGUGGAGGAUUCCUCAUCAGUGAAGACUUUGUGCUCACUGCUGCACACUGUGACGUCUGCAAGGUCGUUCUUGGCACCCACAAUCUGAAGGCUCGUGGCAUCGAAAGAUCCAUUGCGAAAUGGUGUAAACACAAAUCUUAUACGCAUUACAGACAAGGGAAUGACAUCAUGCUUCUCAAACUGUCUCAGAAAGUUCAACUGGCAACACGUGUGCAAAACAAUUCAACUUCCCACUUCUGGAAUGACAUAAGAGAUAAUGAAAUGCCAAGUAGCUGGAUGGGGAAAGACAAGACUAACGGUCCAACUGUUGAUGAGCUGAGAGUGGUGGAUGUGUCUACCAUUAACAAGCAAGUCUGUAGGAGACAAUGGGUGGUCUUCCUGACACUGUCAUCUGUGCUGGUGGAUAUAACACAACCAAAGGAGCUGUCAGGUGAUUCUGUGGUCCUCUGGUGUUACAAAGGGAAGGCUGUUGGUAUCGUGUCUUUCGGUGAGGACAACUGUACCCAGGCCGUCCCAAUGUCUACACAGACAUUCAAAUACCUUCCUGGAUCAGCAACAUUCUCGAGCAAACGAAUUGUUAAAUGUAACAAUCUUACACCAAGCUUUGCUUCAGCAUACCUUCAUUAUAUUGAGGAGGGGUAG